UCUCGCAGUCGCAUCUUCGAAGCGAUUUCAAACGGUUCUUCAUUGCUCGUGGAGAAACUAAUUAUUUAUACCGGUAUAUCACAAGUAAAAAAAAAAAACGUUUUAUUAUUGAUUUUUUUUUUUCUGUAUACAAGUGAUUUUUUUUAACAUCGAGUUCUUUUAAGUAUCGAGAUGUCUUUGAAGAACGUUUUCGUCGUUGUCAUUGCUGGGAUCCUUUGGAGUUGCGUGUUGGGUUUACAGCGGCCAGCACCAAGAUAUUCGCAACAAUUUAUGCCGGAAACUUCAUUUUCUUGUCGCAACAAGAUCGUGGGUAGUUACUACGCUGAUCCUGAGACUGACUGUCAAUUAUUUCAUGUGUGUGUCUCAGUAGCUGGUCUCAUCCAAGAUUACAAAUUUUUAUGUCCAAAUGACACGGCCUUUGAUCAAGAAAGUCAGACCUGUGCCGAUUGGUACGACGUGGAUUGUGAAGCAGCCACACUCUACUACGCGAGUGAUAAUUUCGACCUUUACCGUCUAGGCUCAGGCCUCGAGUCCCUUCACUACGACUCGAUUCGUACUGAUGCUGAGCCGCAAGAUCAUCUCCAGCGCAGUGAAACAAACGACCCCGUCCGUUCUGCCGCCAACAAUCUAAACCGCGUUGCUCAGAAUACUUACACCAGCCAAAAGUCAGCUCCCGCUUCCUCAAGCAACAGUAACAACAACAACAGUAACAAUAAUAACAACAACAAGAACCUUGACAUUCUCCGCGGCAGUAGCAGCAGCAACUUUUACAACAACAGAAACGGCAAAGAAGACGACUACGAAAACGAAAAAACUUACCGCGACGAGCCGUUGAUCGAACCCAAGAAAAAAUCAGGAGUACGUAAAAUAGCUCGCAAACAACAACACUUUGGCACCAACUACAACACCAACAACAACAAUAAUAACGACGCAAGCUCCUCGACAACUGAUCCUUCAGCUCCUACCACUGGUCAAACCUUUAAAAACAGUUACAGUAACAACAACGAUAACUUUGAUUACAAUUACAAAAAUAAUCGUCAAAAUUAUGAAACCUCAACAACACAGAGACCUCAAACAACAGUACGAGCUCAAACAACCGCACGAUCAGCCCAACAGAAUAACCAGAGGUACACAGCCCCGUCGUCAACAUACCGUCCACCCUCUACUCCUCAACAGAAUUAUCAACCAGCUAGCAGCACUACUAGACCAGCUUCAUUCAACAAUAAUUUCAACAAUAAUAACAACAACAACCAGAAAAAUAACUAUGUGCAAAACAACCCGACUACCAUUAAACCAGUGAGUUUUAGCCAAAAUCUUCAGCACUCUCCCAGCACAGCACGACCAGCAACCAACAGUCAAAAUUACCAAGACAAUUCAAACAACCAGUACUCGCAGUUCAACAUAAAGUCAAGAUCGACAACGACAACUGCGUCACCCAGUACUCAUCAGCAGACACAAGAUUACACGAAUUUUUUGGCAAGAAAUUACAAUAACGUCCAGAGAUCGACUGGUACAUCAGCACCCUCUACUACCGUUGCUCCAAAUUUCUUUGAUGCUUACAAAUCUAAUAGCAACAACAAUAAUUACAACACUAACAAUAAUAAUAAUAAUAAUAAUAACAACAACAAUGGAAAAAAUGGUCAAGUUCGGUCCAGUACUCAGACAACAAAAUUCUACCCAAACUACUCAAACAAUAAUUAUGCACCGACUACUUACUCUCCAGUUACGGCGAAGAAAGCCAGCAAUGAUGGAAGUCGAAGUGAUAAUUACAGCAAUCAGCAGUCUAAUGAUAACGGGCAAUAUUAUGACGCUAGCACUCAACAGAGUAAAGCUACCCAGUACUAUGACUCGACCAAAGCGCCUAAGAAGGCAGCACAGUACAACAAUUAUGACAAUACUAACUCAGGAAAAUAUUUUGAAAGUAGUACUGCUAAUUAUGAUUUUGCUAGAUCACAAUCUGCUAUUGGAUUUAGUCCCGCCAGCAUUAAUCUUCUUGCUGAGACUCCAAAAACGACUACAGUUGCUCCAAGACGAACUGCCGCACCUACAACUUACAAUCCAAACAAUUUCUACAGAACACAGCAGCAAUACUCAACGACACAAAAAGCAACAACUUAUGCCAGCGGUACAUCGAGGCCAUUCUCUAGCACUUCAACAUUCGCAGACGCAACGACACCAAGGUCAAAGUCCACCAAAAAAAAUGAUUAUGAUUAUGCAUACUAUGACAAUGCUGGUGGUCUAGAGUACGACGGUCUCGAUUUGGAAAAUGUUGCCAAAAAUAAAGAGUCCUCGAAAAUAGCGAGGAAUUAAAUUUUAAAUUACAACUGAGGGUUUAAAUUUAUUAUCAAUUAGAUAUUAUGAUAAUUUAUUGCAACCAUUUCUUGGAUGUUUUGAAAAAAAAAAAAACAUCAAAGAAAUAUUUGCGAUUCAACUUUUUUUUAAGAGGCCGAGACGUUAUUCAAAAACUUGUUUUGGCCGCGUUAAAAAAAAAAACGGACACUUUUUUUUAUUUUCUUCUACGAUCGGAAUAAAUGUUUGACUUUAAAUUGACUAGAUAAAUAAAAUUAAAUUCCACUAGAAUUCGAUGCAUUUUGAAAACAAAAUUUAAUUAUCGGUGAUUACUAUUUUUAUAUUUUUUUAAUUGUUUCUACUAUUUCAUUAUCAGUAUUUUAGAUUAGACAAAAAAAAAUUUAACAACUUGUUUUCUUUUUUUGACGAUUGCGUCAUAAAUUAGAAUAAUUUUAUUGAGAUAAACGUAUUCAAAUAACCGGAAAAAACAUAAUGACUUUGCUUAAAUUAAUCCUCA